CAUCAACACCCCUUCUCCUCCUCUCCAUGCUCUUCAUUUCCUCUUUCACCACUCCUAUUUCCGGCUGCGGUGGCUGCAGCGGCGGCGGCCAGAGGCCGCCAACUCAUCAUCACAAGCCCCCGAGCCACGGGAAACCCGGACUCAAACCUCCGGGCAUAUUGCCACCCAUCAUCACCAAGCCUCCAGGGAUAGGAGGAGGAGUAGGAGGAAUUGUCCCCCCGGUCACCCUCCCGCCCGUGACGACCCUCCCACCGGUGGUGACUCCGAUCACCAACCCGCCCUACUCGGGGGCGGGAAAACCGUGCCCAACCCCACCGGCAGCCACGUGCCCCAUCGACGCCCUGAAGCUCGGGGGGUGCGUGGACAUCUUGGGGGGGUUGAUCCACAUCGGGCUGGGAGACCCGGCGGUGAACGAGUGCUGCCCCGUCCUCAACGGGCUUCUGGAGCUGGAGGCGGCGGCGUGCCUCUGCACAACCCUAAAGAUAAAGGCACUCAACCUCAACAUAUACGUCCCACUCGCCCUUCAGCUCCUCGUCACCUGCGGCAAGACUCCUCCACCCGGUUACACUUGCUCCCUUUAAACCCCCAUCCCAAAAGGUUCGCAAUUACGUUCAAGGCGCGGUUAAGGUUUGAAGGAUUGACAUGAAAGGAUGUCAAACUGUUAGGCCCGUGAUUUCAUUAUUAUUUAAAUCUUAAUUAUCUACCCUACCCUAGACUCUCUCCCUCCCCCCUCCCCCCUCCCAUUAUUGCUUUCAAAACUCUCUCUACAGUAUGUUGUGGACUGGAUUUGUACGAGCACAUUUGUUUCUUCUUUCUUUAAAUUUGCGGUUGUGAUUUA